AUGUUUGACUUGAAAGAAACUCUCUUCCCAUUGGAAGUGACUGAACAGCACGUUGACACCAUUCUACUGUUAUUUGAUGCUGUUAUCCACGAAACUACUGCUGAGAAUAUUCUCCCAUACCUCGAUGAGAAUUUCCCAAGGGAUAGAUUGGAUGAAUAUCUUAAGGAAUACAGCAGACCAUCCAAGCUUCCAGGAAUGAGAGAAUUCACGAAAGAACAGAUGUGUGCUCCUUACACUUCAACUCAGCAACAAAGAGACUUCAGAUUUUUGGCACACGCGUUAGAGUCGAGAUACCUUACUCCUCUCUUCACUAACUCAUUCAAAUUAUUGUCAGAAAUGACCAUGGAGGAAAAAGAAGCCUUGUUGAGAUCAUGGAGAGAUUCUUCCCAAGCCCUUAAAAAGAAUUACAUAAUGCAGCCAUUGGAUAUCCUGGAAGAGACAUUAGAGAAGUUGUACGAUGGCCAACCCAAGCCUGAAUUCAGAUAUAAAAUGAUGAAAAAGCCAGAAGCAGAAGGUGAAGUUUUGUUAUUACCAGAAGUCGAUGUGCUUAUCAUUGGUUCAGGAUCUGGUGCUGGAGUAGUGGCUCACACUUUAUCUGAAAGGGGCCAGAAAUGUCUUGUCCUCGAGAGAGGAAAAUACUACCAUGAAUCCGAAAUGGGUUUCGAUGAAAAAGAAGCAAGAGAUUUAUUACAGAAUUAUGGAGUCAUGGCAACCGCUGAUCUGUCUUUAUAUGUGUUGGCAGGUAACACUUUCGGUGGAGCUUCCACUGUCAACUGGUCAGCUUGUUUCAAGACACCAUUCAAAGUGAGAAAAGAAUGGUAUGACGACUAUGGUAUUGAUUGGGUAGCCACAGAAAGUUAUGAAGAAUGUGCCGACUACGUUUGGAAUAAAAUGGGGGUGUCUGCUGAUCAUGUGGAACAUUCAUUUUCAAACAAACUUCUUAUGGAUGGUGGUGAAAAGUUGGGCUACCAAGUUGCUUCUAUUCCACAGAAUACUGCUGGUCAACCACAUAACUGUGGAUACUGUAAUUUGGGGUGUAAGCACGGUGUGAAACAAGGUACACAGGCAUUUUGGUUGCGCGACGCUGCUAAGAAUGGUUGUCAAUUCAUGGAUCAAGUCAAGGUGAUUCGUAUUAUUCACGAGGGAGGAGAAGCCAAGGAAGUGUUAUGUGAAAACAGAAUCACAGGUACUACGUUUACUAUAAGGGGACCAAAGACAUUUGUUGUAAGUGGUGGAUCUUUCAAUACUCCUGUCCUUUUGCAAAAUUCUGGAUUUAAGAACAAGAAUAUUGGCCAGAACUUACAGUUACAUCCCUCCACAAACAUGUAUGGAUUUUUUGAAGGCGUUAAGACUGACCCCCACAAUUACUCCAUUAUGACCAGUGUCUGUACCGAGAAAUCUGACCUUGAUGGGAAAUACCAUGGUGCCAAAAUUGAACUCAAUAUCAAUGCCCCUAAUAUGCACAUGGCAUUUCACUCUUGGGACGGUAGUGAGAAUGCCAGAAAUUUCCAAAUGCGUUACCAAGGCUUGUCGGCUAUGAUGAUGCAAACCAGAGACACUACUGUUGGUAGUGUUAGGUGUGAUCCUGACAGACCAGAAGCGGUCAUUAUCGAUUAUGCUAUAAACAAGUUUGACAGAGACGCGCUCUUACUGACAAUGUCAAUCGCUGCUGAUGUAUUGUAUAUUGAAGGUGCUGCCGAAAUACUUGCCCCACAGUCCUCAAAGCUUCACUUCAAAUCUUCGAAGCCUAAGGAAGAAAGAUCAGUUGAUGACAAGGAUUUUGUUGAAUUUAAGAACAGAGUUGCUAAUUGGCCAAUCGAAAUUUACUCAACUAAAUUGGGUUCGGCUCAUCAAAUGAGUUCUUGCAGAAUGUCCGGUAAGGGACCAGCCUAUGGCGCUUGUGAUACUAAAGGUAAACUUUUUGAGUCCAAGAAUGUUUAUGUUGCGGAUGCUAGUUCUAUGCCAACUGCAUGUGGUGUGAACCCAAUGAUUUCAACUAUGACAAUCGCAAGACAUAUUGCAUUGGACAUUGCCAAACAAUUGGAAGAUAAAGCCAAACUUUAA